GACGGUUGAGAUCUGAGAAGACUAAAGUCAGUUGAAUCGACGGUUGUACACGUGGAUAACUAGAGUAUAACCACGCGUAGAAUAUAAUAUCUCUUGAAUGGUGGCGCGUGGGGAGCACAAGUUGUUGAUUUGCCUCGUCGGCGUCCACCACCAUUAUCGCCGGAUUAGAUUUUUAUAUAUUCACGUAGAAGAAGACGAAGACGAAACCAACUUCUACUUCUUCCCUCUGUCUCCUCUCUCUCCAUAUCUUUCUCGGCUUUCUAGUAGAAGUUUUGACAUUGUAAAUGGAUCAAUCGAAGAAACCAAAAACUUGCUCUGAUUCCGAUUUUGCUGAUGAUUCCUCUGCUUCUUCUUCUUCUUCUUCUACUUCUGGACAUAAUCUCAGAGCUGAGAUAGUGGUGGAAGUGAACAAGGAAGCAGUUUGUUCUCGUAAAGCAGAGCGAGAGAAGCUUCGUAGAGAUAAGCUCAAAGAACAGUUUCUUGAGCUGGGAAAUGCAUUAGAUCCAAAUAGGCAUAAGAGUGACAAAGUUUCAAUUCUCACUGAUACAAUACAAAUGCUGAAGGAUGUAAUGAACCAAGUUGAAAGACUAAAGGCUGAGUAUGCAACACUAUCUCAAGAGUCUCGUGAGCUUAUUCAAGACAAGAGCGAGCUGAGAGAGGAAAAAGCAACUCUCAAGUCAGAUAUCGAGAUUCUCAAUGCUCAAUAUCAGCAUAGAGUCAGAAGUAUGGUUCCAUGGAUACCACAUUACACUUAUCCUAUCCCUGUAGUAGCCCUAAGUCAGGGCCAGUCCACUUUUAUACCUUAUUCAGCCUCAGUCGUCAAUCCUCUAAUCGAACAAGCAUCAAUUCAGCAACGUUCAUCAUCUUCUGGUGCUUCAAGCAAACAAAAUUCCAAAAGCAAGUCUUUUUCUUUAGAUCAAGGCAAUGACCAUAAAGAUGAUGUUGGUUUAGAGCUUGAGCUUAAAAUCCAUGCAUCUCCUUUAGCUCAACAGGUGAGUGAUAUCUUCACUGGUGUUGCCAAAAAGCUCGUUCUUUACUUCCAUGUAGGAUGUUUCUGGAAAAGAGAACAAAGAAAGCUUGACGCCUACUGCAAACUCAUCAAAUAGUUACUCAUCAUCUCAAACUGUGCAAGAUAGUUCCCCGGGAGGUGUGAAUGACAUUUUGAAGGCAUAAACCGAUAAACAUAUUCCCCUAAACCUUGUGUUUUAGCUCUUUGAUUGAGAAGGUACUCAAUAGCACCACCAUAUUUUUACACUGGUUGUAGGUUAUACCCAUGCCUAACUAUGUAAUAUUAUCACAAGCAAAUAAACACAAAAUCACUUGCUUAAA